AAUUUGUUUGGGUCACGAAAGAUUAUAUAAGGAACACUCUCAUAGUCUCUUUUCUUCUGCUCAACGCUUUGGCUUCUCUCUCUUAUCGCUCUGAUCAAACUUCAAACCCUAGAAUUUCAAGGUACACUUGUGAUGGCUUCAAAGCGCAUUACUAAAGAGUUGAAGGACCUCCAGAAGGACCCUCCUGUUUCCUGCAGUGCUGGCCCUGUUGGUGAAGACAUGUUUCACUGGCAAGCUACAAUUAUGGGUCCAGCAGACAGCCCUUAUGCUGGUGGUGUAUUCCUUGUGACCAUUCACUUCCCACCGGAUUAUCCAUUUAAGCCACCAAAGGUUUCCUUCCGAACUAAGGUAUUUCAUCCUAACAUAAACAGCAAUGGAAGUAUCUGUCUUGACAUUCUGAAAGAGCAGUGGAGCCCUGCUCUUACUGUUUCCAAGGUUUUAUUGUCAAUUUGCUCCCUGCUGACAGAUCCUAACCCGGAUGAUCCUUUGGUGCCCGAUAUUGCCCACAUGUAUAAGACUGACAGAGCCAAGUACGAGAGUACUGCCCGUUCUUGGACUCAGAAAUAUGCCAUGAGUUAGUAUGCUCAAUUGUUCGACUGGACAGCAUAUGUGCAAAGAAAGUUGUUUGGGGGAUGUUGUCUAUUGGUAUAUAUACAUAUAUAGUGCUUCUGCUUUGAUUUUAUAAUAAUUCAAACUCGCGAAAUUUUUAAACUUGAAGGCUUAUACCAUAUUAGUGUUAAACUAUAUUUGCCUU